AGAGGUGCCGGUACGCAGGAGGGGCAGGCGGACAUUCUGGCCGCAAAGCGCGCACAGCAGUCCACUCCAAGUGUGCGCUCUGCGAGAUCACGAGUGUCCGUCGACACUUUCAAGACUCAAACGUUUGGGAAACGAGAUGCGUGAUCGCUUUUCUGUUUUGAAUGCCCGGUCUGCGGCGUGGACGGCACAGUGACAUCACAGGCGCUGUCCAUGGUACCGACAGGUCGCGUGCGCCCCGUUUUCUUUCCAUCAUCCAACCUUCUAUUUUAAUAGACAGUAAGGGGUAAUGAAAAAAGGAAAAUAAAGUCUGCUUUUCCUCUGUGGAUUUAGAUCAACCUUGCGGUUCACCUUAAGGAGCUUUGUAGAUGUGCAUCGGAUAUUUUGAAAUCUUAUUUUUAAUUUUUAAAAAGGACUACACGGGUUGAUGGAUCGCCUGGCCAACAAGGAAGUCAGCACGGAUCCUUUUGGUCUAAAUGUCAAGGCCAGAUCCUAUGAUGAGGGGGGUCCAGAUCCUCCUCUGCAGCAGGAAGCGGAGGAGACCGUUCUCAUCAGUCUGUCGGAGGCGCUCAAGAUCCAGUCUGAACUGAGCCCCAAACAGCCCCUGAAAAUGACUGACAAAAGGUUAACGGAGCACCCAAAAUCUGGGUCCACUCCCCUGGCGAGCAUAAGCCGGCCCAGACCAACUGCUCUCAGAACUAAAUCUUCUCCGAGAUCAAACAGACUCUCAUCUGAGUCUUCCAAGGAAGUUGACUUGAUCCCCUCUGGUAUUCCUGGACCUCAGAACUCGAGUAUCCUGCCACAUUCAAAGUCAGACUCGGCCUUCCCUCUUUGCAGCGUUCAAGGUCCCAAAAACCCUCAACCUUACCUGAACCCCAACACGAGCCUGCCUUUGUCCAGGCCCAGCCCAAAUCUGCCCCUCAGUCUCAGCUCAAACUCCAGCCUCAGCCCUCAGAGAACUCCAUCACCUGGAAGCUGCAGCCCAGCUCAGUCUGAGAGGCCCGGAGAGGAGAACAAAGACUUCAGGGUGUACAUCGUCACAUGGAACGUGGGAUCAGCUGUCCCUCCAGAUGACAUCACGCCAAUGUUUGGACCAAAUGUUUCAGAUGGGAACAUCGACAUGUUCGUCAUCGGACUCCAGGAGGUCAACUCCAUGAUAAACAAAAGGCUGAAGGAUGCUCUUUUUUCAGACCAGUGGAGUGAGCUUUGCAUGGACACUCUCAGUCCGUUUGGAUAUGUUUUGGUGGCAUCCCAGCGAAUGCAGGGAGUGCUGCUAAUGGUUUUCUCCAAGUUUUGCCACCUUCCCUUCCUCAGAGGUGUGCAGACACAGAGCACUCGCACAGGACUUGGGGGUUACUGGGGAAAUAAAGGCGGUGUGAGCGCGAGGAUGACGGUGUUUGGACACCCGGUGUGCUUUCUGAACUGUCACCUGCCGGCUCACAUGAGAAACCUGGAGCAGAGGGUGGAGGACUUUGAAAGCAUCCUGCAGCAGCAGCAGUUUGAGGGAGGGACAGCGCCGGGAGUACUGGACCAUGAUGUGGUAUUUUGGUUUGGGGAUUUAAACUUCCGGAUUGAGGACUAUGACAUCCAUGUGGUGAAAUGUGCCAUUGACAGCAACAAGCUGCCUCUGCUCUGGGAGAGGGAUCAGCUCAACCUGGCAAAAAACACAGAGUCCAUCCUGGAUGGUUUUAUGGAAGGACCACUUAACUUCCCACCUACGUAUAAGUUUGACGUGGGCACUCACACCUAUGACACCAGUGCAAAGAAGAGAAAACCUGCCUGGACAGACCGCAUCCUCUGGCGCCUUCGUCGCACCGGUUCCCCAGUUCCUACCCACAAUGCCUCACUGCAACGUGGUCUGACUUCAUGGUUGGGUGGGGCAACUAAAGUGACACAACACAUGUACCGAAGUCACAUGGGCUUCACCAUCAGUGACCACAAGCCCGUUUCUGCAUUGUUUUCACUGCAUUUUCCAUUCAGGGUGGAUAAGCCUCUGGUGGAGCUGCAGGUCAACAAAGAGUGGAGCAAAGUGUCAGAUGCUGUGGUCAGAUACACCAUUGCAUCAACGUACCAGCGCAGCUCAUGGGACUGGGUAGCCAUUUACAAGAUUGGGUUCAAACACUACAAGGACUACCAGGUGUAUGUGUGGGCCAAAGGGGAGAUCGCAACACAGGUGACAUUUCCAGAGGAAGAUUUGCCGAGAGAUGACUGUGAAUACAUCCUGGGUUACUACAGCAAUAAUAUGAACAGCAUUGUUGGAUUGUCAUCAAUAAUUAAGAUCAAAAUGCCGGCUCACAGCCCCAACGUCUCCCGCUCUGACAGCUCAGAGGAGAGUUCAGAAGAUGACAGCACUCUUGUUCUGCUGACUCCAAACUCCCGCAGUCCAAGCCCUAAAACGGGAAAACGCCACCAUCGUCAUCGUCGUAGUCACAGUCCUGCCGUUCCAGCUCUCUCCUCAAACCCUCUCCCCUCCCUGCAAGGCCUAGGCCUCAGUCAUCGCACAAAGGAGAGCCACACACAACGCCGCUCACCCUGCUCUGCUUCUAAAAAGGAACGACUUGUCUCCCCUGACAUGGGGCCAUCUCCCAUCAGCCCCCUCAGUCCUCGAAGCCCAGUGUCUCCGGGUUGUAGGGUGACUGCCCCUGAGGCCCUGAUCGUGGCGAUCUUAGGUGAAAACAGUCCAGCUCAGAUAAGCCCCACAGGCGUGAAGCACAUACGAACACCUGAAGAAACUGUUACAGCAAAGAAAAUCAACACAAAGAGUUGAAAUGAAUUCAAACUGAAACAAUCAGUGCGUUCAGGAUCGUCUGACCCGCCUCUGUCUUUGUGUUGACUACCAGUAAUGAGUGUAACUGUAACAUGUCCCAUUUUGUAACCCUGCAGUCGGCUAUUUUUGAGUGUAUUUUCAUGUUCUGCUGUAACAUAUGUGUGGAAUCAAACACGUGAUCAGACUUUUGAGGUGCUUUCACAUAGACACAGCAGUGCAGUAGUGCAAAUACAAAUGUUGAAAGGGAAAUCGGAGUCUGAGGAGAGCUCUGAUGAGGGCAGUCAGUUACUAUUGACAGCCGUAUGGAUUUUUAAGAGUCUUGUCUCAAAACGAGGACCCUGGGCCAUACGUACUGAUGAUAUCAUAGUUCACAAAAUGUCUUUGUGUGGGGGUUUUUGUUGUAAGUCUGUCUAUUAAAACAUGAAUUCAAUAUUUAA